AUGGCUUCCAUUGGAAAGAUCUACGGUGCGCCGACCAUCGGCAAGGUUACCCGCGUGGUCGCUGCGGCCAACGUGAAUGGUCUUGAGCUCGAGGUUGUGCCUACGAUCCCUGUCCAGGACUCGCACAAGCCCGAGUUCCUCGCCAAGUUCCCCCUUGGCAAGGUCCCGACCUUUGAGGGUGCCGACGGCCUCGUCCUGACCGAGUCGCGCACGAUCCUCAAGUACGUGGCUGGCCUCUCCGACAACGCCAAGCUCCUUGGCACCGACAGGGCCUCGCAGGCGCUCGUCGACCAGUGGAUCAACUUCGCCGACGACCUGAUCUUCAACAGCAUGUCGACGCUGUUCGCCAUGUUCUCGCACAAGCUGCCCUACAACAAGGUGUACGAGCAGCGCGCGUGGUCGGACCUCGAGAAGGCGCUGGGUCACGUCGAGAAGCACCUCGUGGCGCAGACCUUCCUGGUCGGCCACCGUCUCACGGCCGCUGACCUCGCUGUCACCUCUGUGAUCUUGAACGCGUACGAGCGGUUCGCUGGCCCUGAGAUCCGCGGCAAGUACCCGCAUGUGCAGCGAUACCUGUCCACCGUCGUGAACCAGAAGGCGAUCCGCGGUGCAUUCCCCGUGAACCCCGAGUACUGUGCCGCGACGGCCAAGUUUGUGCCGCCCAAGAAGGAGGAGAAGCCCAAGGCGGCGCCUGCGCCGGCCGCUGCCGCCGCCGCGGAGCCUCCGGCGCCCAAGGAGGAGAAGCCGAAGAACCCUCUCGACGCGCUGCCCAAGUCGAGCUUCGUGGUCGACGAGUGGAAGCGUGUGUACUCGAACGAGGACACUCGCUCGAAGGCCAUCCCGUGGUUCUACGAGCACUUUGACAAGGAGGGCUGGAGCAUCUGGCGCUUUGACUUCAAGUACAACAACGAGCUCACCCACAUUUUCAUGAGCUGCAACCAGAUCGGUGGCUUCUUCAACCGCCUGGAGGCCAGCCGCAAGUACAUUAUGGGCACCGCCGGUGUCUUUGGCGAGGCGAACAACAGCUUGAUCGCGGGUAUCGUGAUCGUCCGCGGCCACGACUGGCAGCCCGUGCUCAGCGUCGCGCCUGACCUGGAGAGCUACGAGGUCUCUCCCCUGGACAUCUUCAACAAGGAGGAGGACAAGAAGUUCUUCGAGGACAUGCUCGCGUGGGAGGCCGUCAUCGACGGCAAGGCCUGGGCCGACGGCAAGAUCCUCAAGUAG